GUCGAGCAAAUCAUCGUAAAGCACAAGAAGCGCAAACGACGAGUCAUCAUUUCUAAAGAAAUAUGUCGUGGGUACCUCCAACUCUAACAAGCGUUUGCUCAACUACUCCAGUACUGUCAUCCUGUCAACCAUCCAAUCUUAUGUUUCUCACAAUAGUUACUAAUCUAUUAGGUCAUUCCAAAGACAAUUCCUGUCCAAAAUAUAAUACAGAAGAGGAAUACGAUUUUAUAAUCGUGGGAGUUGGAUCAGCCGGAUGUGUUCUUGCAAACAGGUUGAGCGAAGUAAAACAAUGGAAGAUAUUACUAAUUGAAGCUGGCAUUGAGGAACCAGAGGUAGCUGGAAUUCCAGGUUUCGCCUAUAUGUUACCGAGAAGCAAUAUCGAUUGGAUUUAUCACACACAACCGCAGCAAUACGCUUGUCAAUCCAACAAAGAGAAAGAGUGUGUGACCCCAAGGGGUAAAGUCAUGGGUGGUUCCAGUACUAUCAAUAUGAUGAUGUACGUUCGUGGAAACUCAAGAGACUACGACGAAUGGGCAGAAGCAGGAAAUUGUGGCUGGAGCUACGAAGAAGUUUUACCAUACUUUCUGAAAUCAGAAAAUAAUUUGGAUCCAGAGGUAGUGAAAGAGAAUCCACGUUACCAUAGCCAAGGUGGUUACCAAUCCGUAGAACGAUUUCCGUACAACGACAUCAACAACGAUAUCAUACUGAAGGCAUGGCAAGAACUUGGUUACGAACUCGUAGAUGUCAACGCAAAUAACCAAUUAGGUGUGACGAUUCUACAAACAACCUCCGCUAAUGGAACACGUCAAAGCACUAACAAAGCGUUCAUACAACCCAUCAGAUGCAGUCGCAAGAAUCUAACGAUUAAAACUGAAUCAUACGUUACGAAACUACUAAUAGACAGCAAAACAAAACGUGUAACAGGCGUCGAAUAUACUUCAAGAAACAACCGAACUAAAUUAAAUACAGUUGUUGUUAAAAAAGAGGUGAUUCUCUCAGCUGGAUCCAUUAAUUCUCCAAAAAUCCUUAUGCUCUCUGGAAUUGGUCCAGCAGAAGAAUUAGAGAAAUACGGUAUUCAAGUAAUUAGUAACUUAUCGGUUGGAAGGAACCUUCAGGAUCAUGUAAUGACGACUGGUCUUGUAAUUGGACUAAAUUUUAUUUCCACGUAUGAGAAUAUCUCUAUGAUGGAGGAAGACCUUUCUUAUUAUAGCGAGACACAUAGGGGACCUUUAUCUGCAGCUGGUAUUGUCGGGUUCUGUGCCUUCGCACAAACAUCCUAUCAGCACGAAAACGGAGUACCAGAUAUACAAUUUUUAUUCCGUGGUUCCAGUCUAGAAGAUUUUCUAAAUGAUCCAGUAGAAGCUUAUGACACAAGUAUCAGCCCACUCUCUUACUAUAAUUCUAUUAACAUUCUACCAAUUUUGUUGUCGCCUAAAAGCAGGGGAUUUAUAUUACUGAACGGUAGUGAUCUGUGGGGAGCACCCUUAAUUAAUCCCAGGUUUUUCACCAGUAAUCCAGAUUUGGACGUGUUAACGGAAGGUGUGGAAAUAGCUUUAAAAUUGUUUGAUACAAAAUCGUUCAAAAAAUACGACUUUAGAUUGAUUGAUAAACCUUUACCUGGUUGUGAAGAGUUCGAAUUUGGUGAGAGGGAUUAUUGGAAAUGCGUGAUCAUGGAAUAUACAGGCACUAUUUAUCAUCCGGUUGGAACUUGCAAGAUGGGACCAAAGUCGGACCCUGAGGCUGUGGUGGAUGAGAGACUGAAAAUUUAUGGAAUCGAUGGUUUGAGAGUUGUAGAUGCCUCGAUUAUGCCAAAGAUUGUUAGGGGAAAUACGAAUGCGCCUACUAUUAUGAUCGCGGAGAAAGCUAGUGAUAUGAUUAAGGAGGACUGGUUGUCUGACCAUAUUGGAUCUGAAUGAUGUGGCGUGAUGGAUUGAUGAGUCAAGAAAAGAUUAACUGUGGAAAUUAAUUAUCACAAUUUAUGCGCUGUAAUAAUAAAAUAAAUAUUGAAAUAUUAAGUAAUGUAAUAUAAUCUAAAAAUAUACUGUAUGUGUACACAUUAU